AUGAGCACCCACUUUCUUUUCAACCUCACGUUCGCUACGUUUCUCUGGCUCGCAGUUGACGCGAGAAUUGUGAAUUUAUUCGUGCCCGGGAAAGCCGCCCUCCCAGGCGUCGCCAUAGCUGCCGAAAACAUGGGCGUUGACGACGCCGGCCACACCACCUGGCUCCUCGGCCCGGGCGAAGCCAGCGGCACCUUCACCUCCGACGCGAGCGUCCCCACCGACGCCCACUACUUCGAACUCGUGGCGGGCGCGUCGGACGCGCACCGGGUGCAGACCGCGCUGCUCUCCGACUACCUCGUCGACGGGCGCAUGAUCGCGAACGCCGCGCCCGCGCACACGCUCGUCGUCCACGACGACUGCGCGCUCGGGGAGGGCGACGGGCUCGCGCGCUGCGCGCCGGCGGUGUUCGUCCCCGUCCAGGUCGCGGACUCGGCCGACGGUGCGGAUGGCGCGCCGGUCGUCGCUGCUGCAGAGAACGCGAACGGCGCGGGAAGGGGGUAG